AGCGUGGCGGGCCACCAGGGAAGUGGACCCGCCACCGACCCGGCAGGGACUCUGACCUUCGGCGGAGGGAGCAGCGGCGGCGCGCACACUUGGCACCAUGACCCAGACGCCAGCCUUCGACAAGCCCAAAGUGGAGCUGCAUGUCCACCUAGAUGGAGCCAUCAAGCCCGAAACCAUCUUAUACUAUGGCAGGAAGAGGGGCGUCCCCCUCCCUGCUGACACAGCUGAGGAGCUGCGGAACAUCAUCGGCAUGGACGAGCCGCUCAGCCUCCCAGAAUUCCUGGCCAAGUUCAACUACUACAUGCCAGCUAUCGCGGGCUCCCGGGAGGCCAUCAAGAGGAUUGCCUACGAGUUUGUUGAGAUGAAGGCCAAGGAGGGCGUGGUGUAUGUGGAGGUGCGCUACAGUCCGCACCUGCUGGCCAACUCGAAAGUGGAGCCGAUCUUCUGGAACCAGGCUGAAGGGGACCUCACCCCGGAUGAGGUGGUGGCCCUAGUGAGCCAGGGCCUACAGGAGGGAGAGAGAGACUUUGGGGUGAAGGUGCGGUCCAUCCUGUGCUGCAUGCGCGACCAGCCCAACUGGUCCCCCGAGGUGUUGGAGCUCUGUAAGAAGUACCAGCAGCAGACCGUGGUGGCCAUAGACCUGGCUGGAGACGAGACCAUUGAAGGAAGCAGCCUCUUCCCAGGACACGUGAAAGCCUACGAGGAAGCUGUGAAGAGUGGCAUUCACCGCACAGUCCACGCCGGGGAGGUGGGCUCCGCGGAGGCGGUGAGAGAGGCUGUGGAUAUACUUAAGGCGGAGAGGGUGGGACAUGGCUACGACACCCUGGAGGACGAGGCCCUUUACGAGAGGCUGCGGCAGGAAAACAUGCACUUUGAGGUCUGCCCCUGGUCCAGCUACCUCACACGCGCCUGGAAGCCGGACACGGAGCACGCGGUCGUUCGGUUCAAAAAUGACCAGGCUAACUACUCGCUCAACACCGAUGACCCACUCGUCUUCAAGUCCACCCUGGAUACUGAUUACCAGAUGACCAAACGGGACAUGGGCUUUACCGAAGAGGAGUUCAAGAGACUGAAUAUCAAUGCGGCAAAGUCCAGUUUCCUCCCAGAAGAUGAGAAGAGGGAGCUUCUUGAGCUGCUCUAUAAAGCCUAUGGGAUGCCAUCUUCGGCCACUGCAGGUACAUUCUGUCUGAGCUUCAGGGCCGUUCACUUGCCCUGGAUCCAGCCUGGCUUUCUGCAGGACUCCUAGCAAUAUGCCCUCCCUUCCUUUCUUGGGCAGCACCCAUGGAUAUGUGAUGACUCCCUGGUUACAGGGCCCUGGCUGGUGACAGCUUCUUGUUAGAUGGCUUAUUUUCUGUAUAAUGCUGUCUAGAGGCUAAAGGGGAGACUUUCUGAAGCCUAGUACAAAAGGUCUUGGCCACUUGGGGCAUCUUCAUGGCCGCCCAAAGCC